AUGCAUGAUGGCACCCAGCUCAUGAACACAGCGCACCCACUAUCCCCCAUGGGCGGUCAUGGCCUCAACACCGAAAUUUGCGACGUGUGGGAUAUAAGCUGGAAGCUCGCCGCUGCCUUGUCAGGAUGGGGCGGGCCACAACUCCUGGAAUCGUAUGAUACUGAGCGAAGACCAAUUGCGCACGCGAAUGCAGCAAUGGUGAACAAGGCCGCAGUGGAGGUUGGGAUGCCAUUGUUGACUUCAGCUCAGCGCAUUGGAGCCAAUAUUCUGGUAGCAGACGAUGAGACAGGCCGGAAAGCUCGCGACGAUCUUGGUCUAGAGACUGAUAAAGGACACUGGCUCCACGAUCAGACUGGUAAGAUACUUGGGUACCGCUAUGUCUCUCCGGUCGUUAUACAGGACGAAGAGGCGGGUGAUCCUCCUAAACAGGAGGACGAAAUCACUAAAUACAUUCCGACCACAUGGCCAGGUGGCCGCCCACCUCACGUAUUCCUGGUCGAUGGCAAAACAAGCAUCUUCGAUCAUUUUACGAAAGGCUUCAGUCUCAUCGACUUCACACCGGGAUGUGAGUUUGGCAAGCCGUUCUCGACAGUCUCCAGUGAAUUGGGAAUACCUCUGGAAGUUGUGCACUUGCCCCAAGAGCAACAUGCCCGUGAUUUGUGGGAACGAGAUGUUGUCCUCGUUCGACCUGAUGGGCAUGUCGCCUGGCGCUCGUCCCGGUCUGGGGGACCGACUCCCACAGUUGAAGCUGUAGCAGCCAUCUUGAGACAAGUUAGUGGAAGACUAUGA